AUGGAGUCAACUGUUGAAGAUAAUGAGGUCUGCACCGUUGUCCCAGCAGCGACUGAUGGCGAAAAGGGUGAUUUCGCCGUCGACAACGCAGACCUCUCACCCUUCCCGGAGGGAGGAUGGCGAGCCUGGUCGGUAGUUCUGGGUGCAUGGUGUGCCAUCUUCCCAACGAUGGGAAUAAUGAACCUGACCGGGCUGUUGGAAGAGUGGCUGGCAGAGCAUCAACUGCACGGUUUAUCGAAAGCUUCCAUCUCGUGGAUCUUCAGCUUGUGGCUCUUCCUCUUCUAUUUGGGUGGCAUCCAGAUUGGGCCCAUCUUUGAUGCCCAUGGCCUCAAGUAUACCCUGAUCCCUGGAUGCAUCGGGAUGACAUUGUCGAUGAUGGUCUUUAGCGUUUCCCACGCAUACUAUCAGUUCAUUCUGGGAUUCAGCAUCCUAGGGGGCCUUUCCGCAUCAGCAGUAUACACCCCCAGUGCCGUGUGCAUCACGCACUGGUUCCUCAAAAGACGUGGUCUAGCCACUGGGAUUGCAACCACGGGCGGUGGUGUUGGAGGAAUCAUCUUCACUAACGUCUUCGGUAUCUUAAGCACUCGGAUCGGGUUUCCCUGGACCAUUCGCAUCCUGGGAUUCAUGUUCAUGGCCAGCCUUACGGCCAGCGUCGUGUUUCUCAGAGCACGUCUUCCACCUAGUCCAUCAAGGGGUAGCAAAAUAGACAUCCGAGCGCUCAAAGAGCCUGUCUUCACUAUGACAUCCAUCGCAGUUAUUCUCGCCGAAAUCGGUCUGAUGAUCGUCGUCACCUAUUUUCCUUCCUAUGCGCAGUCCCACGGCAUCAAGGGCGCCCUCUCCUACCAGCUGAUGACGAUUGUGAGCGCAACAUCUAUUGUCGGCCGAGUCGUUCCCGGGAUCUUAGCGGAUCUAUGGGGCCGCUUCAACGUCAUGUUCGUAACCUGUGCUGCAUGUACCAUCCUCUCCUUUGGGCUGUGGUUCACCGCGGGCACCGACAAAGCUAGUAUCCUGGUGUUCGCGGCACUGAUCGGGUUUUGGAGCGGGCCAGCGAUAAGUCUGACGCCAGUCUGUGUGGCUCAAAUUUCCAGGACUGAGCAUUAUGGCAAGCGAUAUGGGACGACUGUUUCGUUGAUGGGGGUCUGCUUGUUGGUAUCUAUUCCUGUGGCGGGGGAGAUACUGAAGGGGCAGAACCGGGGACAUGUGAACGAGACGGAGUAUUCGGGAUUGAUUGUGUUUUGUGGAGUGGCGUAUGCGGGGGCAUGUCUGUUUCUGUUUGUAGCUAAAGGAGUCAGUGUAGGAUGGCGAGUGACCAAGAUAUUCUAA